GCGAGUGCUGAGAUAACUUGCUGUGCUCGCGCGCUGUGAGAGAAAUUGUUUCAAUGCAAAUUUGAUUGAAUCGUCGGCUUAUAUUGAAAAAGACUCGGCAGGGUGUUCAGAUGGCUGGAGCUACCUCAAACACAGCUUCAAUGCAAUACCCACAGAGCGCGGCCACAGCGCAUGUCUUACCCAACUCUGCGCCUGCGUAUUGGACUCAAUUAAUGUAACGCCGAACGAGUGAGCGAUGCUUAGUAGCGCGAUUGUAAUCAUUCGCCAAUACACAUCAGCACACACGACACGGUGGAUCGUGGAGAGUUAGAUUAUUCGCCACAAGCUAGUCCUAUGUCUUUGUAGGGCGAUCGGGACUCGCAUAUUCUCGAAGUGAGCACUACAUAAGAUGGAGCUAGCCAGCUUUCCACAUAUUAUAAUAAAAACAGAGCCCAUGGAAGUAUGCUCUAGUCAAAUGUCAGGACACUCAAGACGGCCUAGCAGAGAAUCUGAAUUUAUGUCUAGUAGACGCAGUCACGAUAGAGUUUCUUUGGACUUAACCGACAGCUUGGCUAGUUUGCCAACAGAUCGCUCAAGGUGUAAUAAUGAGUCUCAGAGCGUACAGCKUAGUGAAGAGAUCAGAGAGAGACAUUUGUGGACGUCGCCUGACGCGAGAGACAGGACUAAUAGUACUACAGUAAGUCGUAGUAACGAGACUUAUGUGAGUAGUAACAGARAAUCCAGUGAAAGUACCUACGUCUCAUUCCCGGCUUACAGGCCCGAACUGAUCGGCGCGGCGACCGAUAAUUCUUACUCCGACUCCGAAGAUUCUUAUAACGGAGAUUCCGAUAUUAGCGGAACAAGCGAAAAAUAUUUCCAAAAGGACAGUAGCACAAAGGUGAAUACGAGUGUCCCUACUGAGAGUUCUCUAGCUGUCAACACUACACGGAGCAAAGAAAACUAUUCAGAACAGAGAUAUAUCAUUCCUGGUAUUCCCGGUGGCUCUAAAAAUGGAAUCAACGUCGUGUUUCGAAAACAUCAGACGGACUCAAAUCCCAAAAGUAGUUCAAGUAUCGUGGCGUCUAKAUCGUCAAUGGAGUCGUUACGUGAUUUGCGUGGUGAGCUCACGAGUACUAGAGAAUCGGAAAUUCCUUCAUCUAUGGUGUACCCUGCACGUUCAUAUUAUCCUAACACAACUUGCAUCAAGAGCGUCGUCCGUGAGGAUCAUAGUCCUUUCGUUUAUCCUCGAAGCACAGAGCCCCGUCCGACAUACACAGCUUUAAAGCCCRAAGACAGAGUACUAGUGUGCCGUUGGGUUACCAAUAAACUGGAGCUAUGUGGAAUGGUCUUCUACAGGAUCGAAGACCUCGUUUCUCAUAUAACUGAUGGUCAUCUAGUCACAGGCGCUGUCUCAGAAUUCGUGUGCAAUUGGAAGGAUUGCGCUCGUAAAGGCAUGCCAUUUAAAGCUAAGUAUAAAUUGAUAAAUCACAUUCGAGUACAUACCGGUGAAAAGCCAUUUACAUGUUCAGAAAAUGGGUGUGGAAAAAGCUUCGCCCGAGCUGAAAAUCUCAAAAUCCAUAUCCGAACUCACACAGGAGAAAGACCAUUUGCUUGCGAAUUCCAGGGCUGUGAUAAACGCUUCGCAAACUCGAGUGAUAGACGAAAACAUAUACAUGUCCACACGUUAGAGAAGCCUUACGCUUGUAGGUUCGUGGGCUGUGAUAAAAACUAUACCCAUCCGAGCUCUCUCCGAAAGCAUAUGAAAGUACACGGCGCGGCGAGUAAAUCCGAGCUACAGUACAGCUCCAGCAGACCCAACUACUUUGACGAACAUAGAAUUGAUAUUUAAAAUGAAGACACUUGAAUAAAGUAUCAGGCUAACGAUUGCCAUAGGUARAGAGCUCAGUACUGAGGUAUGCUUUCAAAUACCCCAAAAUCAUYCAUGCAACUGACCUGGCUUUUCGCUACCUUUUGGCUCCAACUUGACUUCGUUCAUUAUUAGGAUCUCCAAAAUAGCAUUCAGUAAAUUUAUAGGGGCUUGGUCCUUGAGGAAGCUUGCAUUUUUUUGGGACAAUUCUUAGCUGUUUUUUUUGGCAUGAUGUGAAAACAAUGAAAAACGAUUUGUUGCGCAUCAAAGCACUGUAUCAAUCCAAAUAAAAGCAACAAUUUGAUUAAUUGCGAAGUUUACAAUUUGGCUUUUAACUCUCUGUUCACGGAGUUAAAUUUUAAUGCUUUGAGAAAGCUUAAAAAUAGUGGCAAAAGAGAGUAAACUUAUAAAAUUCUAUGCCCACUCUUUUGAAAAAGUGAGUCGGUGAGAGUCCUAAGAAUACUUGUACAUAAUAAUAAAAGUUGUAUGAGAGCGACUUAGAAUUAAAUGCGACAACGAACAAUGUUGAAAAGCAUGGAAAAACUUUAAUGAAGAGAGUAUUUAUGGUGGUUUUAUGAACAAAGGAAAAUAAYCUUACAUUUAUUAAGGAAUAUAUUGUAGGAAUGAUAUAAGAGAAUGACUCGAAUAUAAAUUAAUAAAGUAAGUCUAAGAAUAGAUGAAUUUUGAGAACAUGGUUCUGUUCAAUUUUAUUUAUGAAUAUCUAUAAGAGGAAUCGACAAAAAUGGUAUUAAAAAGACUUUCUCAUGAUUUGAAAAUUGGUUUGUUAUUUAGUUUAAAAUUUCAAACUACAAGAUCACGGUUAUGAAGAGAGUCAAGAAGGAAGUAAGAUGGAAAAAGGGUGGUCAGAGAAAGGUAAAGGGCAGUGAAGAUAGAACCACAUAGGGUUUAUAAACAGCAACAAGACUUGAAGACAGACCUCACCAAGUUGCAAGAAGGACAAGAACAGCCUAUGAAACAACGACUUUCUUGACAAGAAGUGGUAGUUUUCUUAUGAAACCUUGGCGUAGAACCAUACAAGUUUAACUGUCACGGAAUCGGGUAGCGCGUAGUGUAGAAAGUAAUGGUAAAUAAGUUUAUUCGAAAAAAAAAAAAAUGGAUAGCCUACUUAUCUACAAAUUGAGUUUGAUUUUGAAGAAAUCUUAAAGGAAUUAUCCCACGUAAAACAUUAGA